AUGCUAGGUUUGCGAACUCAUGGUUUAGACAGGUAUGAACAUUAUAUUCGUCGCCCGUCGGAUUUUGGCAAACUUGAGCUGCAAGAUUGGUUGAAUCAUAAGUCAUUCCGAGUUUCCCCCAAUUUAUUAAUUGAUUCAAGCACCACACGUGAGUGGAAUGAACCUGAGCUUUUUUAUCAAAAUACCGAGGAUGAAACUUGGGUGAGACCUUGUGUAGGGCCAAAGCUAGAACCAUCAAUGAUGAUGCUCAGAUAUCACGAUUCGAAUAUUGGUCAAAUGCCUCAAUUUUGUUAUCCAAUCUCAAGUCCGAUAAAUUUUAAACCAGUAUUAAAAUACAUUUUGCAAGAACGUUCUGAACUGUCAGACGGCUUCCCUCAAAAGUAUAACACACUAAUAGGUAGUCUUUUUGACAUUGAUAAAAACCCAGAAACCUUAGAUGAUUCAGAUAUAGAAGCAUUGGAUGACAUAGAAAUGAGCAGUGACAGCGGUAAUGUUAAAGAACCAAAAAUUGAAUUGCAGGCGCUGGAAGAAAUCCAACAAAAGCAUUUCAGUUUAAUAGUAUCCAACAAUGGAAUCUUUCAAACAGGUAGCACUUCAAUAACAUACAUACAGUCUGGCAUAUCUGGCAGCAUAGCUAUAAAACCCAACAACGUUGCAAUUUUAAUAUUACUCACUCAACCAAGUGGUCACUUAUUGUCUAUUUUACCGCUUGAUGACGGUAAAGAGACAUAUUUGCUACAAUAUUGGAACCUGGGACAAAAAGGUCAGUGGAACAUAAUCAAGCACCAAAACGAGAAGCAGUUUGUUCUUAUACAUAAGGAACUAGGCAUUUGCAAAUUUUUUGAAUUCCAUUUACCAUUUACUUUUCAAUUAGUAAACAAUUUAACAUUGACCGAUUCCGUGAUUAUGAACGGAUCCUUUUUCCCAACAAAUUACACUGAUUUAGAUCCCUAUUUCAUUAUAUUUAUAACAGCCAUAAGAUAUGAAAGGAUAGUCUACUUUGUCAUAGAAUGGAACAACAACGAAAUAAAGAAAAAAGAGGUAUAUCAAUUGACAGUAUUUGAUGGUGAGAAGACUAAUAUGACAAUACCCAUUGGACUAAAUGCAUGUUUAGUCGAAACACCCCUAAAGUUCUCUUUAGUUUCUGCAAAUCAAAUUAUGUCAGGAGAGACUGAAUUCCACUCAUUCCAAUUGAAGGCUCUCAAGGGAAUCAAGUCAUUUUUUCCAGCUCCUUUAUUGUUAUUAAAAUUACAAGAACUACACCCACAUACAUUUAAAAAAUUCCAAUAUUGUACCAUAAUAUCCUCCUCGACAGGAAAUAUUUGUUUUUGCGUCACCGAACGAUCGACAAUAGUAAAUGGUAAUUUAAAAUUUUACGAGCUAACUAGGUUCAAAGGAUUGAAAUCCAUUUCACCACUACCUUCAAAUCCGAUAAAUUUAGACUCCAGAUCCUCAAGUUAUGUACUGGUGGUCAUAAGUUUUAGUAGAACAUUAGAGCUAACAUUAUCUCUAGAAGAUUUGAGAUGUUUAGAUAAAAAAGACGUUAUUAAGCCUUUGAAAAAUAUCACCUUCAAGCACACAAUUGAUAGUUCCACAGAGGAGAACUCUCAAAUUUUAGCAUUUACGUCUUCUAAAUUUUAUAACACACACACAGGCUCUAACAUCAAUGACACGAGAAAUUCUCAAGUUUGGCUUACCUCACCAAAUGCAAUAACUCAACCUUGCAUUGAUUAUAAACUCAGGAAAACUCAUCAACUUAUCCACUUAAAGCAAUUUCAAAUUUUUAGACAUCUUAGGAUAUGGAAAUGUAAGAACCUUGAUAUUGCUCUGUUACAGAGACUUGGAAUAAACCAGUCAAAUACCGAAAGUUCGUUAAUUUUUGCGACCGACGCUGUUUCUAACAACAGAAUAUUUUUAUUAGAUUUAACUAUGACAACGACAAUCGAUAAUGAUGAUCCCGUUCAAGGACUGAUAAAUAUAGAAGAUUUACUAUGUGAUACUGAAAACGAAACUAUCCUUCUAAAUUUUACGAAAAAUAACUUGAUUCAAGUAACUAGGGAUACGAUAUACAUCGAUCCCAUUGGUGGGGACAAAGAGUUGCGUAAGAUUUCUCCAGGUUGGGAAUUCGAAAACGUUACAUACAAUGAUGGUAUUUUAAUAGUUUGGAAUGCUGGGCUUGGCUGUGUCUCUUAUAUUGAAAAUAUAGACGCUGUUGAUGAGUCUGGCGCCUUAGUUUCAAACUUAAGCAGCAGCAAAGGCAUGAGCAAGUUCUUCAAGCAGUUAGGAACUGUCACGAGUGUCAAUUUUCAAAUCAAAGAGUCUACAGAUGAUCCAACCAAGUAUGACAUUUGGAUCCUUUUACCAGACUGUGUCAUUCGUACACCCUUUUCUGACUGGAUUAGUGAUUCACUUGAUUUUUCUGAUGUGUAUAUUUUGAGUGUUCAGCAGGCGUUAAUAAACGGCCCUUAUUUUUGCUCUCUCGAUUAUGAAUCAUAUUUUGAGGUGCACACUUUACAGAACAACUGCUUCAAAAAAGGAUCCAGAUGUACAAGCAGAGUUAAUUUUCAAGGGAAAGAUAUUAAAUUUAGAAGCUUUGGUGUGAAUCAAUGUUUGGCAUUUAGUGCAUUUGAAAUUUUUGUCAUCAAUUUAACGCCAAUUCACGACAGUAGAGAAUUGGAUUUUUACAAGCUAAAAUUACCGCACCUAGGUAAUAACAAUUCAAUUCUUGAAGUCUGUCCGGACAUAGAAAACAACCAAUUAUUCAUACUCUACUCUGAUGGCUUAAGAAUCCUCGAACUAUCAUACCUAACAUCAAAUAAUGGAAAUUUCUUAUUAAAAUCUACAAGAAGCAAAAAUAAGAAAUUUUUAUAUCUAGACAAAAUAAAUCGAAUGCUGGUAUUGAAUCAGGACUUGAGGGAAUGGGAGUGUAUUAGACUAUCAGAUGGUAAGGCAGUUGGUUUAGAUUCUCAACUUCUUAAGGAUGAUUCUGAAGAAAUCCUAGAAAUAAAGGAAUUACCAAUAGCAACAGAGGACAAUCCUUUAGAAAAGAAAACUGUAUUAUUGAUCUCUUUUACUAGCUCAUUAAAACUAGUUUUAUUAACUGCUGCAAAAAACAAAAUUUCCAAUCAAAUAAUAGAUUCGUAUAAACUUGACAAUUCAAGACUCCUCAAUCAUUUGGUCAUUACUCCCAGAGGUGAAAUAUUCUUUCUGGAUUAUAAAGUUAUGGGCACCGAUAACGAAAUGUCCUUUAACAAGUUGAAAGUCACAAAACAUUGCAUUGACCAGGAGGAGAGAAAUAAUACGACUUUGCGGCUCACUUUGGAAACCCGGUUUACAUUUAAGAGUUGGAGUACAGUUAAGACGUUUACUGUAGUAGGCGAUAAUAUCAUUGCUACCACAAAUAUGGGCGAAAAGCUCUACUUGAUUAAGGAUUUCUCUUCAUCAUCUGACGAAUCGAGAAGGGUGUAUCCCUUGGAAAUGUAUCCUGAUUCAAAAGUUCAAAAGAUAAUACCAUUAAAUGAAUGCUGCUUUGUUGUUGCCGCUUACUGUGGAAAUAGGAACGAUUUAGAUUCAAGAUUAAUUUUUUACUCUUUACCCACCAUCAAAGUUGGGCUUAAUAACGAAACAGGCAGCCUACCAGAUGAAUAUGGGAAUGGGAGAGUCGACGACAUAUUCGAGGUUGACUUUCCUGAAGGAUUUCAAUUUGGCACUAUGGCUUUGUAUGAUGUUUUACAUGGUGAGAGGCACGUAAAUCGUUACAGCGAAGGCAUACGGUCGGAGAAUGACGAAGCAGAGGUUGCCCUAAGGCAGCGUAGAAAUUUACUACUCUUUUGGCGAAACCACUCUUCUACACCAAAACCUUCACUACGCCGAGCCGCCACUAUAGUAUAUGAGGAUCAUGUAUCAUCCCGUUAUUUUGAGGAUAUAAGUUCUAUAUUAGGAAGCACUGCAAUGAGAACUAAAAGACUAUCUCCCUAUAAUGCGGUAGCAUUGGACAAGCCUAUUCAAGAUAUUAGUUACGAUCCCGCAGUACAAACUUUAUAUGUGCUAAUGGCAGAUCAAACAAUUCACAAAUUCGGCAAGGACAGGUUGCCUUGCCAGGACGAAUACGAACCAAGAUGGAAUUCUGGCUAUUUGGUUUCAAGAAGGUCAAUAGUUAAAUCUGACCUCAUCUGUGAGGUUGGGUUAUGGAACCUUAGCGAUAACUGCAAGAACACAGUAUAA